AACAAAACGUAAAAGAAAAAAAAAUCAAGAACUCCAAUAUUUCUUUAAUUUCUAGAACUUUAUCAGAAAUUGAAAAGUAAGAAUAUACAAACAUGGUGUGUGAAAAAUGUCAAAAGAAAUUGGGGAAAGUCAUUACACCAGACCCAUGGAAAUCAGGAGCCAGAAACACAACAGAAGGGGGUGGCAGAAAAGUAAAUGAGAAUAAAGCAUUAUCUGGAAAAAAGGCAAGGUUUUCACCAUAUGGAGAAUUUGGUAAAUGUAGAAUAUGUAAAUCAUCAGUACAUCAAGCAGGCUCACAUUAUUGUCAAGGUUGUGCUUAUAAGAAAGGUAUAUGUGCUAUGUGUGGAAAGAAGAUCAUAGAGACCAAAAAUUACAGACAAACAUCAGUGUGAUGUGAUAGGGCAACUAAUGUGUAAUUGAUUGUCUUGAAAAUUCUCAGAUUCUCAGCAAUAUUUUUGACAUCUUCUUACUGUAGAAUAAUGAUAGCCAUUGUCUCUUCAGCAUUCUAUUCUAUGGUAUUUCACUGCGAUAGGUAAACCUUGUAGGCCUAGGCCUAUCACACCAUGGCCCUCUUGCCAGUGUCCAUUGACAUUUAUAUGGUUUGUGUUGUAAAUAAGAACACAUUAAGCUAAUGACUUAAUAAUAGGACACAUUUUAUAGGUUGAAUUCAGUACAGCACAAGGCGAAAGUUCUGAACGAUAAGUCCCUGACAUGCCUACCUACUGGAACACUUUUUGGUUUUGCACUCGGCCAUAAUCAAAAGUCUACUAGACAAAUGCUGGUUAUUUGGUCCAGAUAAAAAGAAAAUUGAUGUAUCACUGACCCAAUGAAUAAUAUGGUAAUUUGUAUAUUGUGUAUAUAGCCAGAGAUAUUGUUAAAAUUAAACGUUUACAUGAAG